AUGGCAAGUGUGUCUUUUUUCUCAACAACACCGAACCUGGUACGUAACUCCGAAUAUGGAGAAUCAUUUGAGCAUCCAGACCCGGAGCUGUUUGCUGUGGCGGCAAAGCGUAAGAUUGAUUGGAGUUCCAAUCGGAUGGGACUGCUUAGCGAUAGACAACUGCGGCUAUACCUAGAUGUUUUGAGGCUGGAGCUCAGUGCCCUGAGGGAAGUGAACUUGGCUACAUUGAAUAUCCUCAUCAAAGCCCAUGUCGAACAGAUACCCUUCCAGGGAAUAGACGCGUUCACCGGCAACCAGCUGUUACUAGACGACGACUCUGUAUUUCACAAGGUAAUCAUGCAACGUCGUGGUGGCUAUUGUUUUGAGCUCAAUAGUGUUUUCGGCAGGCUCUUGCUGACACUGGGCUUUAAGAUCCAUAUGCGGGCAGCCAGGACUAGAUGGGGGCGCCCGGUGAACACGCCACUCACGCCGUUGGGACACCUGCUCUUCUGCGUCGACCUUGGCAAUGAAGGGCAGCACUUCGCUGACGUGGGUUUUGGUGGCCCCAACCCGUUCAAGGCGGUGCCCGUGGAAGGCGAAGCUGAGCCUUACCGAGUGCAGAGGCUAGACGAAGAGGGAAACACCGAGGUGGCCAUCAAGUCGACGGGACGCAAAGGUGCAUCGGUGAGUUGGCGUCCGAUAUACCACGUGUUUCCUCACCCGCAAAAGUGGAUUGACUUCAUGCCCCAGAACUGGUACGUCACGCUGCACCCGCGAUCGCUGUUCCGUCAUGUUCUUAUGGUGGGGCGUUUCGUGGAUAACUCCUGGCUGACGCUCGUGAACGGCCGCUUCUGUCGCCGCUCUAUCAGUGGGCAAGUGAAGCAACAUCACAUCAGCGACGUCGACGAAGUGAUCCGCCUUUUCGACACCGAGUUCGCCUUGAAGCUCAAUACAGACAUGGACCUUCAUUUUCUCCGAUCAAAAUUGAUAGCGAGAUUUCGAAAUUAA